AUCUAGUCUAGUAGGCUACUCUAAGAGGAAGUCGAGUGAUUCAGUCGGGGUGCAUCACGUUGAUAGAGUAUGGUCAUGGUUAUUGUACUGUCGGCAGUCCUAGAUCUAUAAAGAACAAAAAAUGGGUGCAAAAGUCUCAAGAACUGACUUUGAAUGGAAAUUUACCGAAGAACCUCAUGCUUCAAGAAGAAAAGAGAUUCUAGCCAAGUAUCCUGAAAUGAAGAAAUUGAUGAAAGUGGAUACAAAAUUCAAGUAUAUUGUGACUCUUAUGGUCAUCUUCCAACUGAUUGUUUGCUAUGCCAUUAAUGACCAAUCAUGGUCCACAAUACUUUUUUUCGCCUAUGUUUUUGGUGGAACUGUUAAUCACUCUCUUACUCUGGCUAUUCAUGAAAUUUCACACAACCUUGCCUUUGGUCACGCUUAUCCACUGCGGAAUAGAAUUUUUGGCUUCUUCGCCAAUCUUCCAAUAGCUGUACCCAUGUCCAUUUCAUUUAAGAAAUAUCAUUUGGAUCACCAUCGUUAUCAAGGAGAUGAACUAAUGGAUGUAGACAUUCCUUCGGCAUUUGAGACUAAAUUUUUUACCAGGACAUUGCAUAAAUUUUUUUGGGUGAUUUUACAGCCUUGGUUUUACUCCAUUCGUCCUUUUUUUGUGAAUCCAAAGCCGAUGUGCUUGCUGGAGAUAACAAAUAUUAUCCUUCAGUUUUCAUUUGAUUACCUUCUAUAUCAUUAUGUUGGCUUUAAAGCUUUGGCAUAUCUAGUUGUUGGAAGUUUCAUGGCCACUGGGCUUCAUCCUUUAGCAGGACACUUCAUUUCAGAACAUUACAUGUUUGUUAAGGGUUAUGAAACAUAUUCUUAUUAUGGACCUCUGAACUGGCUGACAUGGAAUGUAGGAUAUCAUAACGAGCACCAUGAUUUUCCAAACAUCCCUGGCUCUCGACUCCCAGAGGUACGUAAGAUUGCACCUGAAUACUACAACAACUUACCUUGCCACCAUUCAUGGAUUAAGGUAAUUUGGGAUUUCAUAUUUGACCCUGAAAUAGGCCCAUACUCCAGAGUCAAAAGACCAUCAAAUAGACAAGAGCAGAAAGUGAAUGGUGCAGUUGAAAAAAUGAAUGGCUCAGAAAUGACCAAUGGAAAGCAUCCCAGAAAUGGGACUUCAGUGAAUAAAUGUGAUGCUUCAUCAUAGUGUUGAUUCAGUUUUUUUGUUCAUUAAAUAUUGGAACAAAACAUAGAAGAAAUAUAAUAUAAAUUUCAUCAAGCUUAUUGGAAAGUUCUUUUGUAUUUAUAUGUAUAAUUUUUUUUUACACUUAUUUUGUAAACAGUAUGGCACUUACUUGAUCCUUUAUUUAAAAUUAGUGAAGUUUGAUGUGAUCAUAUCCCACUUAAUUUGAAAAUACAUUGAUUUGUUAAAGUGAGACACAUCAGAAUAAUGCUUUUCAGCAAUUAAUCAGCUUAAGCUCAUUUUACAAAAAGGCACUAUAUAUACAAAGAGGUGCAUAAUUUUGAAUUUAAUUGCUAUUAAUAAGACUUUUCAUCCAAACAUUUUAUUAAAAUUAUUAUCCAAUCAAUGAGUUGGGUGGUUAAUCAAUUUGUUUUUUUUUCCCUGCUUCAUUUUGUUCUCUUUAUGAGAAAAUUGUAAAAUCUUCCUCGUGACUCAAAGCUAAAUGUAAAUUCAUUAUAUUGUAUAUUGUAAAUUCAUUCAUAAUUUCUCACAUUUUGCUCUUGCAAUAAAAAUUGCUGCCAUACUGCCUGAAGUCCAAUUUAGACAAAAUUACUUCUCUCAAAAGUGUUAACAACAAUAGUAUUGCUUGCAAUAGUUUCAAUCUUCGUUCAGUAACUUUUGUUUUUUACAGCAGAGUGAAUUUUUAUUGCUUCAAGAAUGUGUCUGAAAUACCGGCUUUUUUGUGUGUUUAUUAUGAAUUCACUGUUCACUGGCAUUGACUACAUUUAAACAUCAUAUGUAACUUGAAUAAGCAAAUGGUGGUCUGAAUUAUGAACAAAAUUAAAUGUAUAUGUAUAACAUUACAUUUUGGUGUUCUAUGUUGAGUAAAAAAAAUGACUUAUCAAUUAUAGCUUCAAAAGCUGUGCAAUGGUUUCAGGGUAUUUGCUUUUAAAUAAAAACAAAAGACCAAAUGGCAUAUUGCAACCCGUAUGUUUACAUAAAUCUUUUUUGUCGUUGUACAUUUGCUUAGAGCUUCUAGAUUAUCUUUAAAAAUAAAUUGGCCACAGAAGAAUAUCCCAUAUAUUGGUCCGGUCACAGAAAGAUGACUAAAAAGCUUUCUUAAACUUGACCGUUUAGUUGCUCUUCCAUUUUUUAAACUUCUUAUUGUUUUUGUUCCCUUUUUUUUUUUCUUUGCAUUAUUUAAAUAUUUGAAGUUCAUUAUUUUCAUAUGUAUCUCUUUUUUUUUUCAUGAAGACAUGCUUAAAAAUUCUAAUACCUUAUUAUACUAAUAAAUUUUUUUUUUAAGUUAUUUUCUAAAAAUGUGUUCUCACUAAAGUUUCUUUAGAAUUAUUAUUGAGUUAUUUUGCUUUAAAUUUUGUAUGACAAUUAAAGUUGUUUUUCUUUUAAAACUAAACGUUUAUCUAAGACUGUUUCAAUGAAGUUAUUUAGAUAUAUGUUCAUAGAUAAUUAUGAAGUUUAAGUUGUACCUUAUAGACUUGUAAUGUCAGAGUACAACUUAAUGACAUGAGCUUGCGCUUGUUGCAUGUCAUUUAGAAAACCCUCGGAAAAAAAGUCUUCCUUGUGAUGAAGCUCAAACAUUCUCUUGCCAACUUUUUUUGUUUGAUGUUAAACCUUAAAAAUGUUUUUUUACUUUCAAAUUUCCAAAUGUCAUUGCUGUUUAGUUGUGAUAAUUUUUAACUCUUUGUACUUAAAUGCUUUGAUGCAUACUUACCAAAAUCUGUAGGUCUUUUCUGAUAUCUUUUAGUAUAAAGUUAAUGCUUUGAUGCAUGCUUACUAAAAAUCUGUAGGUCUUUUCUGAUAUAUUUUAGUAUAAAUUUAAAUGCUGACACAUUUUUAAGUUGGUCUUUAAUUUUCACUGUUUGAAAUUAAUUCUAAUUUUAUUUUGAAAAUUUUCCUUCACAUUUAGAAAGUUUAAUUAUAGCCUAAAUCGAUCUGCUGUGGUGGUUAAAUUGUACAGCUUUAUAUCGAUUAUUUGAAUGUGAAUAUAUUUGUAUUGAAACACCCCAGUUUACACUUGUCAUUUCAUAGCUGUAUUUAUCUUUUUGAAUAAGGUGGAUUGGACUAAUUAAUUUAAAAAAAACUUUAAAUAGAAUAUGAAUAUUAUGCACUUUGAUUUGAUUUGCUAAGGGUUUUUAAUAUCAAUUUGAAAACAUUGAUCACGCAGUUUAAGUUUGAGACUCUGUCAAACUGAAUAGAAACCUUUUUGAUAGUUAUAGAGGAAAUAACAUGUUUUUGUAAUUAAUCCUCAAGUCUCUCUUAUUAUUUAAAAUAACAUAAUAGUCAACUAUAGGGCCAUUAAUUAUAUUGUCCUACACAUAAGUCAUUUAAAAAUUACAAACCUUAUUGGUUGUUAACUAUACCAGUAUUUUAUGCCUACAGUACAUUGUGGCUAUUUAUUGUAUAACAUCUUGCGUGCUUUUGGUGAUUUAUUUAUUUCAGUGAUGAUACUGUAAGCUGAGUCAUUUCAUUAUCAAGUAUUUUUAUUUGUUAUAUAUUUAACUGAAGACAUUUUUUUUUUCACAUCAGUUGCUUACACAUAUUUUUAAUCAUUAUUAAAACAUGUAUUCUUAAACAUCUGUGAUGAAGAAACUGUUUUCUCUUGACCACUAAUUUUUGUUCUGUUUUAGUAACUUACUUUUAAAAUCUGUUUUAUUGUGUAAUUUUUAAUUUAACAGUUAAUUUCGCUAUAUUCAAUCAUUUAAUAUUAAGCUGUGGCAAUGUGUGCAUUAGUUGAGUGUUAUUCUGAAUUCUCCAACUUCGACAUUAAGAUUAACAUUUAGUAGAAUGCUCAAAUAUUUAUAUGAUUCAGUUCGAUCCAGUCACAGAAAUGAUAUAGUCUAAUAGUUUUUACUAUUUUUAUUGUAAUAAGCUUGUAUCACUAAUUUUGCAAAGAACUUUUCUAACAUUUUAAACAAACCUAAAAUAAUAUUGAUAAUAAUAUUUAUAAAUCAAUCAAGAGCUACUGCUAUUUAUGUUUUUCUUUACAAUUUAUUUGCCUACUGUUUUGUUUUCAAGCCUGAUAAUUGUGUUACCUGCUGUGCAUGCUUGCAAAGUAACCUAGGUUGUCAUCCAUUGAUGCAAUCUGUUCUUCCUCAACUAGUCAGCUAUAUAUUUUUUUUUUUUUGUUUCUAUUCAUUUGAUACCAUUGUUAAAAUGUAGCCUAUUACAACAUUGCUGGAGAGAACAUGGCACACUUAUUUAUUAGGUUAACAGUGUUGUGACAUAGGAUUCAUAUUAUAACUGUGGAUGAUCCCUAUAAAACCACUGAAAAUGGAUCAGUUUGAUAAUCCUGAUAACAUUGCUGAUACAUUUUGUUAACACCUGUUAAAGUACCAACAAUCUGCUAGUCCUUAUUUAUGGAAUGCAAACAUAAAAGGGUAAUUUACUUUGUAUAAGAUUUGCAGUAUUCAUCAACUUAAUUCCUUUGGUUUGUACUUAAUAGUUUUUCUUUUUUUCUCUUUCUUUCUGGUUUGUGUUUUUUUUUUUUUUCAACAACUCCAUUUGUGCAGUUGUAUUUGUUUAAUACACUAACUUUUUAAUAACUUCAUUAUAUAAUGCUAUUCAAAGCAUUCUUUACUUAACAACUUGAAUGUGUUACGUUUUAUAAUCCACAAAUACUCAUGAACAUUAAUGGUAUUUUAAUCAAAUCAUUGUUAAAAGCUGUUCUUUAUUGUAUAAGUUUUGUGUUAAUCAAGUUUUUUUUUAAUGUUUCUAAUAGUGUAGUGUUAACUAAUAUAGAGUGACUUAGUUGCACUGGAUGAUUUUACUUAGUGUUACAAAGCACUCUUAAAAUACAUGGAAAUGUGAAAAUAUGUAAAUUAAUCAAAAUAGAAGAAUUAGGGGUUUAUAACUUAUUGAUUAGAUUGGUUAGAACAUUUGCUGUAUUAGAUGAUAAGGCAAGCAUUAGUCGACUUGAGUUUUAAAACAAUUAUUUUUAACGUUUUGAAUUAAUUGUUUUUAAUAUUUUUAUUAAAUUUUAGAACCAAACAUAUUUAAAGAUUAGUGAUUUUUUGUGAUACUUAUAUAACUAAUUAGUUAUUAUUUACUAAUAUAUAUAUAGAUAGAUUUAGGGAUGGAUUUAGUUAUACCAGUAAAAGGAUGUGGGUUUAAAUUGUAUUGAAUGUUGGGUUGGGAAUCAAUCUGCUCAUUUUAUUAUUACUAUUAUAUUUUAAAUCUUAAUGGUUCACAAAUUCUUAGCUGUUAGUUGACAGCAUCUUGUAUUAUUGUUUGUUAUUAUUAUUUCCUUGUGAGCUUUAAACUGUCUAGCCGAGAGCAACAGCACAAACUAUUGUCUCUGAUAUUUAUACCACUAGACAUGUAUUGAAAGUCUUUGUCUCAUUGCAUAGUUUUAUUGCCUGGUCUCUAUAACUACAAAUGGUUUGAUGGUUAUAUUAGUCAAGAUUUUUUUUUUUAAUUUAGCUUUCACUGUAUAUUAUCAAAUCCUGUUUGUCUUGUAGACUGUAUACAUUUGGAUUAUGGCCUCAAUAUAGCUGUUUCAUAUAUGUAUAUAUUUUGAAUGUUUUAAUCUGUGUAUUUUGGAUGACUCAUUUGUAAUUUUUUUUUUUUAAUUUUAAUCAAGCAAGGAAAGUUCUGAACAUUAUGUAAAGUAAUUAACAAAAAAAAAAUACAUUCUACAGAAAAAGCAGUUCCAUUACUUUUAAGUUUUUGUUGUUAAUUUAUUUAGCAGAUUGAAACUUCACAGUUGGCCUUUUUAGUUGAGUCAUAAAUAUAAAAAUACUUACUUAAUGUUAACAAGGGUGUCAUGUGGCCAGCACCACGACCAACCGCCUUUACUUUUCCCCAACUAAUGUCAGGUACCCAUUUGAGCUGGGUGGACUCAGAGGCGUCCAAAGAUCCAGAAAUAAAAAAUCCCAGGAUUUGAACUCAGGACCCCCGGUUCGGAAGUAUUGGUAGGGCCUAUAAUUUAAGGAAAAUUGAUUUGUUAAUUGAUCUACCUUUAGACUUAUGAGAGUUUUAGGCUAACACAAUGCAAGAAGCUCUCAACUUGUAUAGCUCAUGCAUCUUCUGUAGAAUGUAUGUUGUGUAAAUUACUUAGGUCAUGCGAGGCAAGAAAUAGCUCAGGUGUAUCGUGUCUCUGUUUGAAUUGACUGGCAUUGGCAUCUUGUUAAGUCCUGUGUAUGUUAAUUAUAGCAAGUGUAAAGACAACAAAAAAUCCGCAUGUUGUCAUUUGUACAUGAGAUGUUGGUGUCUUUGUCAAAUCAAGUUAUUUGCAUGAAUUGAUUUAAAAUACAAAUUAAGAAACAA